GUUUAUUCUUCCUCCUGUUUGCCGACUAAGAACUAUAACAAUUUAUUUUACAACAUGUCAAUGAAGAAACUUCAGACCGAGAUUGAUCGUGUGCUUAAGAAAGUCAGUGAAGGUGUAGACACUUUUGAAACAAUAUUCGACAAAAUACACUCGACCAACAACGCCAAUCAAAAAGAAAAGUAUGAACAAGACUUGAAAAAAGAAAUCAAGAAACUUCAACGAUUACGCGAUCAGAUCAAGACAUGGUUAUCGUCUAACGAAAUCAAAGACAAACGGGCACUAUUGGAUAAUCGAAAACUCAUAGAAUCACAAAUGGAACGAUUCAAAGCAAUAGAAAAGGAAAUGAAAACCAAGGCUUUUUCCAAAGAAGGACUCUUACAACGGGAAAAAAUGGAUCCAAAGGAAAAGGAAAAGGCUGAUGCAUGCGAUUGGAUAUCAUCAACAGUGGAUGAACUUUCACGACAAAUCGAGACAGCCGAAUUUGAAUUGGAAACUUUACAAGGCAGCUCAAGGAAAGGAAAGAAGGAUUAUCAUAAGCAGGAACGGACGAACGCAAUCGAAAACACUAUUGAACGGAAUCGAUUUCAUAUCAAUCGACUGGAACUCAUGUUACGACUCUUGGAAAAUGAUCAUCUGGAAACGGAAAAAGUGCUGGCCAUUAGGGAGGAUGUACAGUAUUACUUGGAAUAUAAUCAGGAUCCUGACUUUGAAGAAAAUGAAUUCAUAUAUGAAGAUCUGAAUCUUGAGGAAGAAGAAGAAUUAUAUGCUAUUCGAACAGAUGAAUAUCAUAAUGAAGUCAAAGCAGAAAAGGAAACCAAGGAAGAAGAGAAACCAACAAAACGAUCAUCCAAAGAAAAGGAUAAGGAAAGAGAUGAUGAGUCACUAUCACCGGCACAAGUCACCAGAAGUCCAUCAAAACCAUCUACUAGUCCAAAUCCUGUAUCCACGUCAGCUGAGGAGACAAAACCAUCAAGUCCGUCAAAACCGUCUACAACACAGAUAUCAUCACCCAAAUCAAAACAAGAUGCUGGCGCAGUACCUACUCCACCAUCAGUACUCAAGUAUUCUGCUGCUGCUGCCGCUGGUGCAGCUUCUAGUUUAGAAACCACGACGAAGAAAUCCGAUGAAAAAGCUGCUGAAGUUGUACCAUCUGCUUGGGUAGAACCUCCAAAGAUUGCCGAUCAAUCCAAAUCAGUUCGAUCACCAGUAGAACCUUCAUCAACUCUUGGAUCUCAAUCAAUGUUAUCAUCUCACUUUUCAGGGAAAAGCUCACCAUCUGAUUCACAUAUGGGGUCUGCACCAACGCAAGAUAUGUCUGAAGCUCGUUUACCAUCAUCGUUGGCGGAUCUUGCUUCAUCAUUUGAAUCCAUUAAAGCUAGAGCUGGUAAAGAAGAUAUGUUAUACACACAUCAAAUGCUUGACGCAAGUUUACAACAUGUACCUGACUUGAUUGAUUCUGAAAGACCAAAGAUGUAUCAACCACGAAUGCCAUACAUGUCACCAAAUUAUUAUCCUCAACAACCAUUAGCCAUCUUUGACAACCCUGUAUUAUUUGAAAAGUUUGAUAUGGAUGCCUUAUUCUUCAUCUUCUACUAUCAACAAGGGACUUACCAACAAUAUUUGGCUGCGAAGGAACUGAAAAAGCAAUCCUGGCGAUUCCAUAAAAAGUAUCUGACGUGGUUCCAACGACAUGAGGAACCUAAAGUGAUCACCGAAGAUUAUGAACAAGGCACAUACAUCUAUUUUGACUAUGAAGGUGCUUGGUGUCAACGCAAGAAGACUGAAUUUAGAUUUGAAUACCGAUUCCUGGAAGAAGCUUAAAAAGUCUGUGUAUUUAAAAUAAUUUCAAAGUAUUUUAUUAUACUUGGCAACCCAAUGUCUCUUUAGUUAUUGUUAUUCUACAAAUUAGUGUUUUAUCCCCAUUUUAUCUUCCAAUGUCUGUUAAUAAAGAAAUAUACACUCGUUUUUUAUUCUUA